UCUAAUCACCGCUUACAGCACUUUUCUGCUCUCCCCUUCUUCAACCUCAAUUGCCUGUCAUUCACCAUGUUUGCGGAACUGCGUCGUAUGAACGCGAGACAGGUCGCGUUACAGGUUCUGAAUAUCCUCACGAUCGCCGCCUCAGCGUUGAUGAUUUGGAAAGGUUUAUCUGUUGUAACCAAUACAGAAAGCCCUAUUGUAGUGGUAUUGAGUGGAAGUAUGGAACCGGCCUUCCACCGUGGUGAUCUGUUAUUCCUUCAUUUACCCAAAAAUGACCCAAUCCAUGUCAAUGAUAUCUGCGUAUUCAAGCUACCGGGACGGGAUAUACCCAUCGUACAUCGAGUGAUCAAACUUCAUGAUGAUGUGAAAACACAAAAACAAUACCUGUUGACCAAAGGUGACAAUAACCCUGGCGACGACCGAGGGUUGUACGAUCGCAGACAAAUGUGGAUCCAUCAACAUCACGUGGUGGGCAAAGUGAAAGGUUUUGUUCCGUAUGUGGGUAUGGUGACUAUUUUGAUGAAUGACUAUCCAUGGCUCAAGACCGUUUUACUGGGCAUUCUCGGUCUAUUUGUCCUGAUUCAUCGAGAAUAAACAACCUCAAUGCGAAGAAAAGAAAGCAUAACAGCAAUUCGAUAGUGCAGGAAAAUAAUAAUAAAAAAAGAGCAUUGGAACGUGUAUUGUAAUAAUUUCUAGAUGGUUGUUAAUGUAUCUCCUUGUACCGUAACAUGCGGUUUUUUUUUUUUUUUUUUUUUUU